CCCACUCUGGACUGCCUCCUGGAGAAAUUCUCCAUCUUCCGUUGAAAGCUGUCACUCACCUCACCGAUCAUUAUCGCCGUUUCCUCUGUUGCUCAGAGUUUGUCCUGCCAACACCCCCUUCGCGACAGUUCCAUUUCAAACCCUUCCUCUUUCUAUUUCGCCCAGAACCGAGAUGUUUUCGUUAGGCUGCUACAAUCUCUAAUACAUUUGCUCUCAAUUCUGAAUAAGCAAUCACAGAUCAGUCAAUAUGAUUUGGUAUCAAAAGUAUUCAAGACAGCUGAACCUUUUUUUUCUACUAGUUGCGUCAGGAGGAUUUCCUACAGCAAGUAACGAAAAUGUGGAGACUGUUUACAGCGAACUUGGGAAAUCAGCAUUGUUAAAAUCUCGAGAUCUAACUUCGCUCAACGCAGCUGAGAUCCAAUGGACGAUAGGACGCUUGCAUAUUGCACGGUACAAAGGCGGCUCCAAGGUGUACGGAAAUUUUCAGGGAAGGGUAGAAGCCUUCCCAAAUGGCACCCUGAAAUUUAUCACCACAACAAAAAUUGAUGAACAAACAUACAGCUACGAAAUGUUUGAUCGUCAGGGAAACAGACUGUAUGACCACACAUUGAAAUUGUUUUUGCUUGUGAAAGUCUCAAAACCUGUCCUGAACAUCAACUGUAGUUCUCCAGGAGAAAUCAAUAUAACCUGCAGUGCGGAGAACGGAACAAACAUCAAUAUAACAUUACAAGGUGACUCACUGACUGAAACAGUUCAAAGGCAUCAUUUAGAGAAGACAUUUUCCUUUAAAAAGACAGGAAACAAGACCUAUAUCUGCACAGCUAAAAAUAAAAUUAGUGAAGCUGCGACUGUAAAAUUGAAUCAUUGUGCAGAUAAUGAAACACCAAAUAGUUAUAUUAAAAUUCUGAUAAUAGCAGGAAUAACAGCAGGGGCAAUGAUCAUAUCAUUUAUCCUGCUUUGUUUAAUUCGGAGAAUUUGUCGAAGACAAAGACGAAAAGCAAAGCCACGUCCAUCCCAAGGAGAACAGAAAGAAAUUACUGAUUUAAAUUUUGUGAAUCAACCAAUGCCGCCAACAACAGCUGCAAGAGACUACCUGGAAUGUAGAAGACCAUAUCCACAAACAAAAACCCGACCAACCCAGGAAUUUGGGCAAAGAAUGGAUGAAAAACAAACAGCACGUAAAGCAGAAAGAACAGAUGGAGGCAGGAAGGUCCUGAGAGAAGAUAGGAGCCCAAGGGCAGGGACAGCACCAAGAGAAAAGGCAUAUCAGGGAGAGACAGCACAGAGAGGAGGAAGAGCACCUAAAAACGAAACUCUUGAACGAAGAGGAAGGAGAGGACCACUGCCUAUACCACCUGAAUGAGCCAUCAAUUUUGGCUAAAAAUAGUUGCUUCAAAAAUUUUUUUUCUAUUGAACAUUUACACAAGUAAAAUUAUUGUCUCUUCAAAUUCAACACAUGGUCUUUGGGUUUACUUCUACAAUGAUUGAAAAUUUCUGUAGAUUACAAAUGUGUAAGAUAUAAAUUUUCAAUAGUAAUUUUAUAACUGGCUUUCAAACUUUUAAGACAUUUUUUACUCAGUUUACAGAAAUAUAAAUGAUGAGGGGUUUGUUCUUGCUGAGAUUUUGUUGUAAUAAUUGUUAUAAUUUGGAAUUUGUUAUUAAGUUCAUUUUGUAUACAUUUAUACUUUUAUACAUUUUUAUAUUUUAUAUAGAUUCUGGUUAAUUGUGCUAUUGGUCAAUGGGGACAACCACUUAUAUUGGCCAACACUUAAAUUAUAAAAUCAAAUCGAGAAAUAGCCAGGAUUCCCUUUGUUUAUUUGGAUCAUUAUGUCAAUUAAUUGGAAUGGAAGACUGCUGCCGAAGUUUUUAACUAUUGCCAGCCACAUUGCACUUGUGUGACCAUUAAACACUACACCAUGCUUAGGGUGAACAGUUUUUAAAUAGCAUCAGUUGCUUGUGUUUAUGUCAAAAGGCAGUGGAUUUUGUCACCGAUAGUUGGUGAGAAAAAAGCAGCAAGACAAUUCAGAACUGUUCUGCUCACUGAGGUUUCAAACAUUCAGGCUUGGAGAUGCCAGAAACAGCCAGGAGUGAAAAUGAAAUGAUUUUACAACUUCAACAAAUUAGGAACUAUGAAAAAUUAUAAGAUAUCGAUAAUCAUCUUGAAUGUUAUAAUGCAAGUGAAGAUUUGUAGGAUGCAAAUUUUGAAAACAUUGUAUGAAGGCAGUCCAUUAUCUCCACGAGGUGUCCGUACUGAUUUUGUUCAUUUACAGUGAAUAAGAGGAACAUGGCAGCGUACACAAUGGAUGAAUUCCUCCAUCAAUAACUAUUAUGAGCUACAGUUUUCUAGUACUGUAGUAGUAUUGUUAGUGUUCUGAAUUGUUCUGUAUUUUAUUUAAAUACAUAAUUUAUUACUCAGUUAAAUGGUAGUUUGUCUUUUUGAUACAUUUUUAACUAUUUCCAUGAAACUUCAGCUAAUUAGCCAGCCACUUAAUUGGGCCGAAACAUACUGGUCCCAUUGAGUCCCAAUUAACCAGAAUCCACUGUAUUUUUUAUUAGUAACUAAAAACAGAUUAAAAUAUUUUCAAUAAAAUCAGAAAAUGCUUGAGGUGUUUUGAGAAAACGUCAUUCAAUCUGUGUCUGGGUUUUCCAAUGAGAAGAUUACAUUGUGCAAUACCAUAAAUUCAAGUAAACCUCUGCUUAACCUGGAAGAAAUGCUGGUCGCUGGAUGGUAGGAAGAGGUAAAAAGCUGGUUUUCCUAUUUUCUGCUGUUGAUAAAGAAGGUGAAGAGUGAACCAUGGAGUAACUAUGGGGACAGUGCAUUUGGUAUGCUGAGAGUGGAGGAGAGGACGAAUCACUGGCUAAGUAUUUGGAAAUUGUGGAGGGUGAUCUGUUGAAUGUGGAGGCUGCUGAGUUGGAAGGAGAAGGAGGACACUAUCCUUGCUCAGUAAGGGAGGUUAGGAAAUUAAACAAAAAGUGUAAGUAAUUGAUCAGGGGAGUUGAGAGUCCAGAGAGAAAAACCAGUCAAGGAGAAAGGUAUCCCAGAACCACUGUUGUGUUAUAAUCAGAACAGGGAGGACAGUGAUGGAGAAACUGGUAGAGUGAAAUAGAAGACUUUCAUAAACAGGGAAGAAAUUUAGUUGAGAUGGAGACGGGUUUCUGCAGCUUGAUGUGGAUAUUGGUUAUUAACCCUACAACCUAAGACAUGAAUAAUUAUAUCACGAUGGAAAAGGGAAGUGUCAGGAGUGAACCAGAGAUGAGAGUAGAAGUUGUAAUCCUAAAUCUUCUUUUCCUUCAUUAAUACUCCCCCCCCCCCCACCAUCCAUUGCCACCUCCACUCCCCACCCUGAUACCCCUCAAUGUCCUGAUGCCUCCAACCACAUUGAAGACCUGAUCCUUUGCACUACACAAUGCACACCCCAGGUCCACCAUCUCACUGCUCCAGUUAUCCUGGAUCAAUGCAACUUCUUGCACUUGCCAAGUAGUUCUAUACUUAGGAGAGGAAAGUCUUGUGCAGAUAUAGACCUGCAAGACCUUCCCCAUAGUGCAUAGUGCCUUCAGGUUUUUGCCAACAGAAUUUAGCAACAGGGGUGGGGGUGUUGCUUCAUGCAAUGUGACAACUGGCACCACUUUCUCCAUAUUAAGAAAGAUACGUUAAAAUUCUAGAUCUUCAGCUUUUAAUAUUGUAUUAUGGGCCAUACUAAUUCAGCUCUUGAACAUUAAUAGUGAUUUUUAAUUCUACUGGUGCUAAAUAGCACAAAAAUAUUCUGACAAAUAAUUACCACUGUUGGAGCCAUGCAUCUGUUCUCCAUCUGCAUUGUAUUCAGUGUUGCGUGUUUAUUUCUGGUAACUAGUCACAUGAGUGGGGGCAUAAUUAAAGCAAAGUGAUUAAGUGAUAUUUGUGUUUUGUUUGAGACAGUUUGGAGCUGAGGGCUGAUGGAUGCCAUUUUUUUGUUGAAUGCUUAGUUACAGCUUAAUUUAUGCUUAGUUAUGCUUAUUUAAACUCAACUAUGGUUAAAUUUUAUUGCUUUAAGAUUGUAUGUUUGUUAAUUGCUAAUAAAGGAUCA